UGUCUGAAAUCUGGGAGGGAGAGGAGAGGAGGCAGCCCCAGAGCCCGGAAGGCGCCCGCUGACCAGAGCGGGUGAAGGGGUCCCCGCUGUGCCAGGCAGCGGGCAGUGCCAGACCCUGGGAGCCCGGGGCUGGGGGGGGAGGGCCCGGGACAGCCUGGCCCUGCUCCCUCCCCCCGGCGGGGUGCCCAGCAACUUCUGAGGAAAGUUUGGCAACGACUGAGCCAAGCACCAGGCGCAGCGACUGAGGUGGCCCGAGGAUGGACAGGGUCCCGCUGGCCUGGUGCUGGGUGCUGUGCUUCUGGGGGUGCCUGGCUCCGCAGGUCAGAUCUGUCAAGUCUCUGGAGACCCAAAGGGCGGCAGGUGCAGAGACUCAUGGGGACCCCUUCGUGGGCAGCCCAGAGAACAUCACAGGUGCCCGAGGCCUCCUAGGAACCCUCCGGUGUGAGCUCCUGGUUCAGGAGGAGCCCCCCGAGGUGUCCUGGCUGCGGGAUGGGCAGGUUCUGGAUCUGGCAGACAGCACCCAGACCCAGGUGCCCCUGGGUGAAGAUGGGCAGGACGACUGGAAGGUGGUCAGCCAGCUCAGAAUUGCCUCCCUGAAGCUCUCCGAUGCGGGCUGGUACCAGUGUGCUGUGGUCCUGGGGGGGAAGACCUUCGUGUCUCAGCCCGGCUAUGUGGGGCUGGAAGGCCUGCCUUACUUCCUGGAGGAGCCGGAGGACAGGAUGGUGGUAGCCAACACCCCCUUCAACCUGAGCUGCCAGGCCCAGGGUCCCCCGGAGCCCGUGGACCUCCACUGGUUCCAGGAUGCCAUGCACCUGAUUCCAGCCCCAGGCAGGGGACCCCAGCACACGCUGUCUGUGCCAGGCCUAAACCGGACGUCCUCUUUCUCCUGCGAAGCCCACAAUGCCAAGGGUGUCACCACAUCCCGAACAGCCACCAUCACAGUGCUCCCCCAGCGGCCCCAUGACCUCCACCUGGUUUUCAGUCAGCCCACAGAGCUGGUGGUGGCCUGGAGCCCUGGCUUGAGCGGCAUCUACCCCCUCACCCACUGCACCCUGCAGAAGCUCCAGCACCAUGUGGACAAGGCUAUGGCACCAGAGGAAUCUCCACUGCUAUACGGCAGCCAGGCCCUCGUGCGUUGGCAGAAUCCCAGGGCGUCCCUGCAGGGUACCCUGUUAGGGUACCGAUUGGCCUACCGAGGCCAGGACACCCCCGAGGUGUUGAUGGACGUAGGAUUAAAGCAGGAGGUGACCCUGGAGCUGCAGGGGGACGGGACUGUGCCCAACCUGACGGUGUGUGUGGCAGCCUACACUGCUGCUGGGGAUGGGCCCUGGAGCCUCCCUGUGCCCCUGGAGCCCUGGCGUUCAGGGCAGGAACAAUCAAUCCGCAAGCUGGUGAGUGAACCCCCAGCCCCUGCCUUCUCGUGGCCCUGGUGGUACGUUUUGCUGGGAGCUGUUGUGGCUGCCUCCUGCGUACUCAUCUUGGCCCUGUUCCUGGUCCACCGGAGGAAGAAGGAGACGCGCUAUGGAGAGGUGUUUGAACCUACAGUGGAGAGGGGCGAGCUGGUGGUCAGGUAUCGAGUUCGAAAGUCUUACAGUCGCCGGACCACGGAAGCCACCUUGAAUAGCCUGGGCAUCAGUGAUGAGCUAAAAGAGAAGCUACGGGACGUGAUGGUGGACCGGCAUAAGGUGGCCCUGGGAAAGACCCUGGGAGAAGGGGAAUUUGGAGCUGUAAUGGAGGGCCAACUCAACCAGGACGACUCUAUCCUCAAGGUGGCUGUGAAGACAAUGAAAAUCGCCAUUUGCACCCGGUCAGAGCUGGAGGACUUCCUGAGUGAAGCUGUGUGCAUGAAGGAAUUCGACCACCCUAACGUCAUGAGGCUCAUCGGCGUCUGUUUCCAGGGUUCUGAGCGGGAGGGUUUCCCUGCACCUGUGGUCAUCCUGCCCUUCAUGAAGCAUGGAGACCUGCACAGCUUCCUUCUCUAUUCCCGCCUUGGGGACCAGCCAGUGUUCCUCCCCACUCAGAUGCUGGUGAAGUUCAUGGCAGACAUUGCCAGUGGCAUGGAGUAUCUGAGUACCAAGAGAUUCAUUCACCGGGACCUGGCUGCCAGGAACUGCAUGCUGAAUGAGAACAUGUCAGUGUGUGUGGCUGACUUUGGGCUCUCCAAGAAGAUCUACAACGGGGACUACUACCGCCAGGGGCGCAUUGCCAAGAUGCCAGUUAAAUGGAUCGCCAUUGAGAGCCUGGCUGAUCGCGUCUACACCAGCAAAAGUGACGUGUGGUCUUUUGGGGUAACCAUGUGGGAGAUUGCCACACGGGGCCAAACCCCAUAUCCAGGCGUGGAGAACAGUGAGAUUUAUGACUAUCUGCGCCAGGGGAACCGUCUGAAGCAGCCUGUGGACUGUCUGGACGGACUAUAUGCCCUGAUGUCGCGGUGCUGGGAGCUCAACCCUCGGGACCGACCGAGUUUUUCAGAGCUUCGGGAAGACCUGGAGAACGCUCUGAAGGCCCUGCCCCCUGCCCAAGAGCCCAACGAGAUCCUCUACGUCAACAUGGAUGAGGGAGGGGGUCAUCCCGAGCCACCUGGAGCCACUGGAGGAGCAGACCCCCCAACCCCACCUGACCCCAAGGAUUCCUGCAGCUGCCUCACCUCAGCUGAGGUCUAUCCUGCUGGCCGCUAUGUCCUCUGCCCCUCUACAGCCCCCGGCCCCACCCCACCUGCGGACAGGAGCUCCCCUGCACCCCCAGGGCAGGAGGAUGGAGCCUGAGACACCCCUCUACCUGGGACUCCUUCUCAGGACCCAAGCUAGGCACUGCCACUGGGGGAGGAGAGGCUGGUGAAGGGGUGGGGAAGGGAACCCCAUCACCACCAUUUUCCACCCCAGGUCUCACCCUCAACCACAGCCCUGCCUUCCUAUCUAUUCCACUUCCAUGCCCUAUCCCACACCCUAGUGUCCCCGUGUAUGAAAGAAAGGGACUGGGCUGUAAGCCCUAAGGGCUUCACAGUCCAAGAUUCUAGACUCUCAAGUUCAGAGUCUAUUUCAAAAGGUUCUAUGUUUCAAAGAUGCUAGGAGUCUUUGGUUCUAAAGGACUCCAAAGUCUCUAAACUCUAAAGUGCUAAGGUUCUAGACAUGGGAGUUCUAAGGAAUUGUGUUCUAAAGAGGUUCUGAGAGUCUGUAGCUCUGGAUUUUUCUGCUUCUAAAACUCACUGAUAAAAAUCCUUGAGAUUUUUAGGUCUGAAAGCUCUAAGACUAACUCUAGGAUCUAAGAAUCCACGAUCCUAGAUUUCAUAUUUCUGGGGUUCUGAGUCCUUAGUGUAUAAGAUUCUCCAACUCUAAAAAUUCUACAAUUCUAAACAUGAACAUUCUGAAUUCUAAUGUUCUAAAAUUUGAUGUUGGACAAUU